GCGAGCGGCGAGCGACUGACCGCGGCCUUCUGACCAGGACCGGAGCAGGGCCCCAAGCCCCCGGGCCUGGCAGGGGACGCGCUUCUCCUCACAACUGGUGCCUCAGCAGCUCCAGCCAGCGGACCCGACGGCCAAGAGGAGAAGAUGGGGAGCCCCGAGGAUGACCUAAUUGGGAUUCCAUUCCCGGACCACAGCAGUGAGCUCCUGAGCUGCCUAAACGAGCAGCGCCAAUUGGGCCACCUGUGUGACCUCACCAUCCGGACGCAGGGUCUUGAGUACCGCACCCACCGGGCUGUACUGGCGGCCUGCAGCCACUACUUCAAGAAGCUCUUCACUGAGGGCGGUGGCGGGGCGGGCAUGGCAGCCGGGGGCGGGGGGAUGGCCGCCGGGGGAGCAGGGGCCGGCGUGUGCGAACUGGACUUUGUGGGGCCGGAGGCGCUGGGUGCCCUGCUCGAGUUUGCCUAUACAGCCACACUGACCACCAGCAGCGCCAACAUGCCGGCUGUGCUCCAGGCCGCCCGGCUGCUGGAGAUCCCCUGCGUCAUCGCGGCCUGCAUGGAGAUUCUGCAGGGCAGCGGGCUGGAAGCUCCCAGCCCUGAUGAGGAUGACUGUGAGCGGGCCCGCCAAUACCUGGAGGCCUUUGCCACAGCCACGGCCUCUGGAGUGCCCAACGGCGAGGACAGCCCUCCACAGGCCCCCCUCCCGCCACCGCCGCCACCGCCACCUCGGCCUGUCGCCCGCCGCAGCCGCAAGCCCCGAAAAGCUUUCCUGCAGACCAAGGGGGCCCGGGCGAACCACCUGGUGCCGGAGGUGCCCGCAAUGCCCACCCAUCCCUUGACCUUCGAGGAGGAGGAGGUGGCGGGCAGAGUAGGUGGCAGUGGGCUGGGGGACAGCUACAGCCCUCCUGCAGGGACUGCCUCGCCCCCUGAGGGGCCCCUGAGUUACGAGGGCUAUGAGGGUGAGGAAGAAGAAGAGGAGCUGGUAUAUCCCCCAGCCUACGGCCUCGCACAGGGCAGCGGGCCCCCGCUGUCCCCAGAGGAGCUGGGCUCAGAUGAGGACGCCAUCGAUCCCGACCUGAUGGCCUACCUAAGCUCCCUGCACCAGGACACCCUGACACCAGGCCUGGAUGGCCAGGACAAGCUAGUGCGCAAACGCCGCUCCCAGAUGCCCCAGGAGUGCCCGGUCUGCCACAAGAUCAUCCACGGGGCCGGCAAACUGCCUCGCCACAUGAGGACCCAUACGGGCGAGAAGCCCUUUGCCUGCGAGGUCUGUGGCGUCCGCUUCACCCGGAACGACAAGCUGAAGAUCCACAUGCGCAAGCACACAGGAGAGCGCCCCUACUCGUGCCCGCACUGCCCAGCCCGCUUCCUGCACAGCUACGACCUCAAGAACCACAUGCAUCUGCACACAGGGGACCGGCCCUACGAGUGCCACCUGUGCCACAAGGCUUUCGCCAAGGAGGACCACCUGCAGCGCCACCUCAAGGGCCAGAACUGCCUGGAGGUGCGCACCCGGCGGCGCCGCAAGGAAGACGCGCCCCCCCACUACCCACCACCUUCCACCGCCACCCCGUCCCCUGCUGGUCUCGACCUCUCCAACGGCCACCUGGACACCUUCCGCCUCUCCCUGGCUCGGCUCUGGGAGCAGUCAGCCCCCACUGGGCCUCCGGUCUCCACCCCAGGGCCCCCUGAUGAUGACGAUGAGGAGGGGACACCCACCACGCCCCAGGCUGAGGGUGCCAUGGAGUCCUCUUAAAGAGGGACAGGUGGCCAGGAUGGGGCAACACAAGGCCGGGGACACCCACGCCAAGCAGUGGGAGCAAGCGGGACAGAGCCGGGGCCAGGGUCGCUGAGCCUUGCUGGCGGCAGAAUCGGCUCCUUCCCCCGCUGAGCCCUCAUUCCAGUUCCAGGCUGAGAAGGUUUUGGGGUAGAGGCUCCCCAGAUUGGGGUGAUCCCCAAGGAAUGAUACCUACGAUAUGUAUAUAUUUACAGCUCUAUUGUAAAAGAGGGGUUCCUGUCCCCAGCUGCUCCUGGGGACUAGAAGCAAUAAUGCAUUUCUGAUUCGUGGGGUCCCUCUUCGGCUAUGCGGGUUUCUAGGGGGUGGGGGGCUUGGGACCAAAGCCUUGCCCCACCCCAUACCCCCUUGGGGUUUUGGCUGUGUAAGGGGGUGAAGGCCUGCCCCUCCCUUCCGAGACCCCUCCUUCCUGGUUUCUGUUCCCUUUUCCUGGCAGUGAAUUAUGCAAAAGGGGGCAGCGAAGGCAGGGUAGAUGGGGGGAAAGCAAGGUAGAAGCUUGAAAGACCUGGGGGGGGGGACUGGGCCUGGAAGGAAGGAGCCAUCCCAGUCCCCUCCGCCCAGCUCCCAGCGCUGAGUCAUGGGGUCCUGGAGGAGAAGGGGGCGGGGUGGCCUGAUUGGCUCGCCCGCCCCUGGGGGCAGCGGGAGGGGCCCCGCCCGGCUAGGGGAGCCGCUCCACUCCUCUCCUCUCCCCUCCCGCGUCCCCGGGCAGGGAAUGUCUUGUUCCCGCCGCUCCCACCUCGGGGCCAGAGGGCAGGGCGGGCCGGGCCGCGUCCUACCCUCUUCUCCUCCCACUAGCCUCCUCCCCGCCCAGGUGCGAGCCGGAUCCGCCGCCACCGCUGCCGCCCCUGACUCACGCCGCCCCCGGGCUGGCGGGGCGCUGGGUGUGGGACGGGGUGAGGGGUUGGUGGGGAGCCUUGCGGAGAGCGGGCGAGCGGGCGCCAUCUGGCGGCCAGCCUUUCGCGGGCGAGCGCCCCCGGCGGCCACUCCGAGCAGCAGGCCUCACCUCAACCACUCCAGCUGGUGAGCGGGCGCCCCCUUGUCAAAGAGUGGGCUCAGAACUUCUCGCUGGGCCUCUGGGAAAAAGGGCUGCGGCGCUGCGGGAGAGGAGCCCCUUUCCCAGCCCCUCCAGCCCGGGCUUCCUGCUGGGUAGGGGAGAGCCAUCUCGUCACUCUCUUCCAUUAGAAUUGAAUCCACCCCCGUUCUGUACAUAGCCUCUUCUGUUGGUCUUGCUGAAAUCUAGUUUCAGAUUUUUAACUCUCCAGUUCUGCUCGGGGCGGGGGCUGUCUCCUCCCCUUCCUCGCUGGGUGCUGGACCCCCGUUGCGGCCUGGGCUCUGCCUUGCACUAGUUCCCUUCCCUGGCCUGGCGGCCCCUCCCCCUCCUUGAAAGGGGCAGGUUCAGGGGCCCGGUGCUCGCCCUCCCUUUCAUGCACCCCCAUGCCCAUUUGCACAGCUGCCCAGGUACCCCCAACAGUGUGGGGGGGUUACAGGGAGGGGGUAGCGGGACCAGUCCCUGUUAUCUAUUUAAAAAGUGAUGAUGUAAUAUAUUGGGGGGGCGGGUUCGGGUUGCCCUGGGCCUCAGCCUUUCAGUUGAUGGGGGAGCCCAGGGCUGGGGAGAUCUGGGGCCUAGCCCCAGGGAGUGGGGACAGUGUGGCCUCCCCUCCCCCGCCCUGCGGCUUUUCCAGUCAGUGCCUUAGGGGGGGAGGUGAUCUCCCCUCUUCUGUUCCCUCCCCCGCCCCCCCACCUCGGGUGUAAGCGACAGGAAGAAAUAAUAAUUAUUUAAGAGUCACA